AUGACCAACUCCAUCCCGUAUAAUAGUAACAAUUCUGGACUACGAUGUAUCAACCUAGUCCGCAUUUCACAUGUCUACUACACCCACAGGGACAUUAACAAAGCACGACAGUUCCUUGAGGACUUCGGAUUCCAAGAAGUGAAACGCGUCGGAAAAGAUACUUACUAUCGUGGCACAGGCUUUGAGCCGUUCGUUUAUUGUGCGCGGGAGGGUGAUGAGGAUGAAUUUGGGGGGGCCGCCUUCACUGUGGAGUCCGAGGAAGACCUGGAAUAUGCUUCUCGGACACUGCCUGGCGCCAGUAAGAUUACAGAAUUCACUGAUGCGCCCGGAAGUGGGCUCUACGUGACUUUCAGGGAUCCUGCUGAUAAUUUCCCUUUUCACCUUGUCUAUGGACAGAAAUGCCAUGACGACGUCAAGACUUUUCCCCCGUUGAAGUUCAAUUUCGGCACUUUGGCAUGUGUGACCAACUUUGCGAAAGCUUUUGAGUUCUAUACAACCCGGUUUAACUUCAAGCCUAGCGAUCUGGUCUAUGACGGGAAUGGGCGCGAUAUUACCACGUUCCUUCAUCUUGACCGUGACUCAGAGAAAGUAGAUCACCAUUGCUUCUUCUUCUUCGAAGGUUCCAAAUCACAUGUACAUCAUUCAUACUUCGAAACGCACAAUUUUGACACUCAAGUCUUGGGACACGACUGGCUCCGCCACAAAGGCUACGAGAACUGCUGGGGUGUAGGACGACACGUCAUGGGUUCUCAGAUCUUCGAUUACUGGUUCGAUACUUCGCGUUUUAUCCUUGAACACUACGUGGAUGGCGAUUUGGUGGAUGAUGAGCAUCCAAUAAACCGGUCUCAGGCAUCCCCUGACAACCUGCACGUCUGGGGCCCUGAUCUACCCCCUGAAUUUCUACUCUAA